UCGAGGAGGGAGUGAGAGACUUUAUAGCACGCUACAAAUACUCCGUGGCAGAAUUCUCUUUUAGUUGAAUGCGCUCUUCAGACUGAUUUAGCUAGGGCACCUCGUGUUUGUCAAAGUGAACCGCUUGCUCCAUUAUUAAACACACGUAAACAGACUUAACUUUGUAACUUGGAAACUCGUGAGGACAAACAAAGCAUCUCCAACCGUUACUUAGUUGCAAGUCGGCUAGAGCAGUCGACCCAGUUUCUUCAACUUUUUCCAACAAAACAAAGAGGAAAGCAUCAAGGAAGGCAAGGUUUGAUCUCUUAUAUCACAGCCUAUGUAGUUUGGAACACUUUCUAUGAAUUGUGCAGGAAAGUAGCUUAACCUGACGGAAAUUAACGUAUCCAUCCAUACUCAAGAGUCUCGUGCAGCUUUCUGUGCUAGCACCUGCAAACAUGACACGAAGAUCCUGCACGAUUUAUGCGGUCGGGAUCAUCUGCGCUUCCCUGCUGUUCGUCGGGAUUGGUUUAGUUGUGGCUCAAGUUUUCCGCACGUUAAUGCACAACCGCCUCAAAAAGGAGAUCGUUUUGGUAGAGGGCAGCCGUGUGUUUGAGUCAUGGAAAACCCCUCCACCUCCUGUCUACAUGGAGUAUUUUUUCUUCAAUGUGACCAAUGUGGACGCCUUCCUUGAAGGGGCCAAGCCAGAGGUCAAGCAGGUUGGACCCUACACGUACAGGGAGUACAGGUAUAAGGACAAUGUGAGCAUGGUGGAAAAUAACAGGAUGGUGUCCGCAUACAACACCAAAAGCUUUGUGUUCCUGAGAGAGAAGUCUGUGGGCGACCCAGCCGUGGAUAACAUCACCACUGUCAACAUCCCUGCUUGGGCUGUAAUGAACAAGGUGAAAGGGAGUUUCUGGAAGGCCUCCAUGGUGGCCAUCUGGAUGAACUCUUACGGGAGCGGUCUCUUCACUACUCGCACUGUGGAUGAACUGCUGUGGGGAUACGAAGAUCCCUUGCUGGCCCGUGUCGCUAGCACAAGUCCUGAGGUGGAGAAGGUCUUUGGUCUCAUGUACAAGAAAAAUGGAACAAAUAAUGGGGAAUUCGUCUACCACACUGGGGUGGAGAACUACAUGGAUUACGGCCGUGUUGAAACAUGGCAAGGCCAAAGCCAACUGACUUUCUGGGCGUCUAACCAAAGCAACAGCAUCAAUGGAUCAGAUGGAAGUGCUUUCCAUCCCCUACUGAACAAGAAUGAACGCAUUUACGUCUUCACUCCAGACCUCUGCAGGUCAAUCCACAUGGAAUUUGAGAAGGAUGUAGAGGUGAAGGGAAUCCCAGCCUACCGUUUCACACCGCCACGCUCUGUUUUUGCCAGCAAAGAGGAGAACCCAGCCAAUAAGGGUUUCUGCGUCACCCCACAAGAGUGCCUGGGAACUGGCCUUCUUAAAGUCAGUCCUUGUCGGAAAGGUGCCCCAGUGGUUGCCUCCUUUCCUCAUUUUUACCUGGGAGAUGCUAAAUAUGUGGCUGCCAUUAAAGGAAUGUCCCCUCAAAGACAGCAUCACCAAACCUUCCUAGACCUUAACCCGACCACUGGAGUGAUUGUUCGUGCAAACAAGAGAGCACAGAUAAACAUCUUGCUCAGCAAACUCUCUGGAUUCCCGAAAACUAGAUCGCUUAAUGAGACAAUCUUUCCCGUCAUGUUCCUCAAUGAGAGUGUGGUGAUUGAUGAUGCAUCUGCGGCAAGAGUACACAAGCUGCUGCUGAUUGUCACUCUAGUGUCCAACUUCCCGCUCAUUAUUGUGGGACUGGGUGCCAUACUGCUCGCAGUCCUCAUCAUCCUUCUGGUCCGGGCCCGCAAACAGAAGAAGGAAGUUAAGCGCACUGUGUUUACCAAGCCUCUCUAUGCUACCUCCACUGAAGAGGACACUUCUUACUCUCCAGUCAGUGACAAGGAAAAGGAAGAUCCUCAAAGUGGAACCUAUAUCGGUCUGUCACCUAAAGGUGACCCAUGAGCUUGAGGAGGGGGAGAAUGAUCAGAAGGGCGCUUUGUACAUCGACAACCCUCAGAAAUACAAAUAGGGAUUUGGGUUUUCAGGAGAGAGAUUAUUGUCAAUAUAUCCUUUAUGAUUGGAAAUCUUCGGGGUGGGGGGUUGAGGGCUACAGGAGGGAAACAUGUUUUUAGUUUCAAACAUACUGUCCUGUAUGUAUUAAUUUUAGCCACGCAGAGCUACCUUAAGUCCAGGUCUAGCACAAUAUAUUCCCAGAAAAAGUUUGACAUUCAUUCAAAAACACUGUGUCGAGGGCUACCUUUUGCUGUUUGGUUAAAUGAGUUGCUGAAAGCUGCAGUUCUCAAAUGAGUAGAAAUGGAGAGCCUACUUUGCGGUGAUCCGAAACAAACAAACCCACCCUUUUACCCUCAGGUGUGGGAUCAUUUUGAUUUUAGUGCUAUGGUCUCACCUUAUUUUACCUAGUUUACCUAGGUUGUGCCUUCAGAUUUCAGUGACUGAUUACUAUGUUACAGGGCAUAGAGGGUAAUUUGGGACUAGGGUAAUGAAGUCCAUAAAUCGUGAGUUUUUUAGAUAUCAUAUGUCACUCUCAGGGGUCCUCUGCUUAGAUACAAUCAAUCACUAUUAAAGAAAGGGAGAGAAGCAAAACAUACUGCAAGUCUUCUCUUUGUGCAGCAAUUUAAUCAAUUCAGUAUUACUAUGUUUCAUUUGCAUUUCGUCCUAAACUAAAUGUUACAAAACAUUGCCAUUGUUCAUUAGUGUUUUCUGUUCAUGCACUGUAUUUAGAGGGAUAUCUGUAAACAUUGUUAGCACCGCAAUUGAGAAACCUUCAAGAGUAUAUUUUUGUAUAUA